AUGUGUGGAAAUAAAAACUCUGGUCCUUGUGCAGUCAAGAAUUGUGAUAAUAAUGAUAAAAAUCCUGAAGAUGUUAACUUCAGAACUAUAACAGACAAUGUGUUUAAAAAUAUAAGAGAACACCAAGACUAUGAAAGCAUAAAUUAUUUAAGAUUAAAUGAACAACUUUGUGCUAAUCACUACAUGAAGUAUGUAGCAUAUUAUAAACGUAAGCAAUUGAAUGUCAAUGAAAAUUCUUCAAAUAAUAUCAAGAUUAAUGUCACAGAAAAUGGAGUUCUUUUAUCCAGAGAAGAUUUUGGUUUAUUAAUGCAAAAAAUUGAAAAUUUGGAAAUGAAAAUUGAAGAAAAAAAUAAAGAAAUUGAAAGCAUGUUUGAUGCAAAUAAUGUUUUUUUAACAGUCCAGAAUAACUUAGAAAAAA